ACAUUUUCCAGAACAGAGAACGCCAUCAUGGAGAAACUUUCUCCAGAACUCCUGAAGAUCCUGGACGACCUAACCCUCGAUGACUUUAUUAAAUUCAAAUGGUUCCUGAAGCAGGACAACAUGCUGGAAGGACAAACCGGCAUCGCAGCAGCUGAGCUGGAGAACACAGGAAGGUGCAACACUGUCGAUCUGAUGGUCGGCAAAUAUAAAAUGUCUGGAGCCAAGCGUCUAACCAUGAACAUCUUAGGAGAGAUCGGAAGGCUGGACCUGGUGGAGCGGUUGAAAAACUUCAACCCAGAACCAAGAGACGUCAACAUCCACGUCCUGAGCUACGAGAUGGAAGGCAUCGGCGAGAAGAUGGCCGAGCUGGAGAAGCUGCGGGAGUUUGCGGUGGACGUGACGCUGGAUCCCGACACGGCGCACCGGGACCUCGUCCUGUCCGGCGACGGCAAACAAGUGUACGACACCGAUGUGACCAAAGACCUACCGGACAGCUCCAAGAGGUUCGACAAGUGCGCCAGCGUUUUGGGGAAAGAGUCCUUGUCGGGAAAAUUUUACUUCGAGGUCGGGGUCGAAGGGAAGACCGCCUGGACCGUUGGCGUGGCCAAAGAGUCCGUCAACAGGAAGGGAGAUAUAAUAGUGACUCCAGACAAAGGAUUCUGGACCAUUUGGUUGAGAAACAAAGUCUACGAAGCGAUCAACAGCCCUUCGGUGCGUCUCAACCUUAAAUCCCGCCUUCAGAAGGUGGGCGUCUUUGUGGACCACAGCAAAGGCCUGGUUUCGUUUUACAAUGUGGACACUGCAGACCU